GACAGCUGGGUGUCUGAGGAGGCUACAAGUCUUAAGCAGAUGAGCGCAGUUUUACUUUAUCACAGAAGCUGUUGGAGUUUGAGGACGGCUGUGUAUACCUAAAGCUGGAGGUUCAGCUGCUGGAGCCAUGGCUGCUGGGUUCCUCGUUGGAAGAUUUCUGCUGAUUUUUGUGUUGAGUGAGAUAAAGUACUCUUCGGUUUUUCCGUCAGUUGGGAGUUGGGGGAGUUUUCAGGUGAAGUUUGAUCCUGGCUUUCACAUCCACCACCACAAACUCGUAAAUCCAUUGACCAAGUAUUUGUGGCGACUCAAGGAUGGUCUUCUGGAGUUGCCAAAGCUCUUGCAUCACAAAUACGACCAACCACAGUGUUGUGACAGUGACUCAGCGGUGCAUCACCAUCCUGUCAAGCCUCCAACCCCAAUCUGUGGCUCAAAAACCCACGGUCCAAACUGUCCUGAGCCAAAGUGGCCCAUCGUUGGCCAUGGACCAUCCCAUCAUCCCUUGCGCUGGCCUUUCUACCAUGUCCUUCGUGGACUUCUCUGUCACCAGCACCCCUGUCCACACAGCCACGGCCACACCCAUGACCACGGCCACACCCAUGACCACGGCCACGAUCAUGACCACUGUUCUGGACACCAGCACUCCCACCACUGUGGACUUCACAAGCACCACCAUGGGCCUGUAUUCUACCACCCUCACCACGGUCCUGGACACCACCACCACCAUCAUCAUCACAUCCACCACCAGAAGGACAAGACCAUUCAGCAUGGCUGUGACCCUACAACUAAAUUGUGCUAAUGUCAAAAGAAUGGCGCUUUGUUGGCUCCCCUGAGCCAAAGUGGCCAAACCUCCGUGGAGGACUCUUCUUCCAGGUCUGACCUGGAACCCUGAGGUGUUCAGUUAUCUGCAUCAAUAAAGAUUUCUGUAAAUGAC